CUAUAAAAGGGUGAAGUGGCGGACUCUGGGGCGACUUUCUCGGUCGUCGAGCGGGAGGUGUUUGCAGUGAGCGUCGCUGUCAUGUCUGGUCGUGGCAAACAAGGAGGCAAGGCCCGCGCCAAGGCCAAAUCGCGCUCGUCCCGCGCCGGCCUGCAGUUCCCAGUGGGGCGCGUGCACCGGCUGCUGCGUAAGGGCAACUACGCCGAGCGGGUGGGGGCCGGCGCUCCCGUCUACAUGGCGGCCGUGCUGGAGUACCUGACGGCCGAGAUCCUGGAGCUGGCGGGCAACGCGGCCCGCGACAACAAGAAGACGCGUAUCAUCCCCCGCCACCUGCAGCUGGCCAUCCGCAACGACGAGGAGCUCAACAAGCUGCUGGGCAAGGUCACCAUCGCCCAGGGCGGCGUCCUGCCCAACAUCCAGGCUGUGUUGCUCCCUAAGAAGACGGAGAGCCACCACAAGGCGAAGGGCAAGUGAGGCCGGCGUCCGGAAGCCCAGCCAGCCCUGGUCUCGAAGGGGACACCUGUGAAAUCCAAAGGCUCUUUUAAGAGCCACCCACUCUGUCAAAUAAAAGGAGUUGUAUACAGUG